CCUCCUAUUCUUUGUCUGCAGGUCUAGAGGGUGCGAGGGGGACCCAAAGAAGUGUUGUUUUGGGCAAGGCCUAUAUAUUGAUCAAUGCUUCUGUCCUGCUCAUCAUUCCACCAACAUCUCUCAUCCUGCACAUGAUGACACAAGACUCCAAAGGACUGACUACCAGUCUGCUGGGACUGCUCUUAUGCACCACCAUCUCCUCUGCAAUGCAUACUUCACCCACAGGGGGAUACAACGACAUGCCCCCUCUCCCGUUCACAGGCUCCCAAGACAGCCCCAUCCCCCCUACGGACAUCCACAUGUACCCAAUGCGAUCUGACUACCCUAUGCCCACCAACAACCAGAACAUGAAUGCCCGCGGCGGUCCAAUGCCCCCCUCCGACUACCCCAAUCCUGGCUUCCCCAUGUCACCAAGCACUCACAUGAACAUGACUGGGAACUGGCGAACUGGGGAACUGCUGGUCGGUGAGGCCGGGUCGGAGCCGGACAUGUCGUACUGCCAGACACUUCUGGAUGUGCCGGUGCCUCCCCCCAUGGACCAGGUGCCCUGGUUCUGUGUCUGCUCCCGCUGCAAGGCCAGCGCGGGACCCAAAGGGGACAGAGGAGACAGGGGCCUGCCAGGUAUUCCAGGAAGUCCUGGGAGAAGAGGACUUACAGGGUUCAGAGGUCGGCCUGGGUUUGUGGGCCGCCAAGGACUGAAGGGUCAGAAGGGUGAUGAAAAUGAGAAGGGAGAACGUGGGCUAGUGGGUUUCACCGGCACCAAGGGGGACCGCGGCUUCAAAGGGGACAAAGGGGACCAGGGUCUGGAGGGUGCACAGGGAGAGAUGGGGCCCCAGGGAGCGGAAGGGACCUGUCCUGCGUCCUGUGAAAGUGUUCAGGGCCGUGCAGGACAACCAGGGAUACCCGGACCGGCUGGGGCCAGGGGUCUCCCCGGAGUAGCAGGCCCUCCAGGGAAUACGGGGACCAAGGGUGAAACAGGGCACAUGGGUUCCCCUGGGGUCCCCGGGACGAAUGGUGAGAAAGGUGAACUGGGGGCGAAGGGCGAGUGCAACUGCACUAAUGGAGCAGACGGGGCAGACGGUCAACAAGGGAUCCGUGGGCCCAAGGGAGAGCAAGGUGAGUUGGGCCCUAAGGGUACCGUGGGUCUCAACGGUAAAAAGGGAGACCAGGGUGACCUCGGUAUGACGGGCAUUCCCGGGCCAUGCUCUCCAGCCAUCCAGUCCUCAUUCACCGCCGCGCUCGGCACAAUUUACCCGCUACCGGACAAGCCCGUGCCGUUCACCCAAGUCAUCACCAACCGGCAGUUUCAUUUCGACCCCAUCAUAGGCAUCUACAGGGCACCAGUGAACGGCACCUAUGUCUUCAGCUACCACCUGACGGUGUUUAGCAAGGUGCUGAAGGUGGGUCUGUUCCAUAAUUUCAACUCUAUCGUGAAGACCACGGAGCCACAGCUGGGCACCGUUAGCCACCAGGUGGUGCUCCACCUGGUCAUGGGCGACCGGGUGUGGCUGCAGGUGAAGGACAACAUUACCAACGGCAUGUAUGAUGACAGUGAGAGCAGGAGCACCUUCUCUGGCUUCCUGCUCUACCCCGACUCCUGCGACUUGCCCUUGUUCCGAGACUUUCCUCCAGCAGGCGCUCCAGGUGGUGACGAGGGGAACUAUAGUUGGGGGUAGAUACCACCCCAUCGCCUUAGUCCGUGAGAGGCAGUUACACAGACACAGGUUACAUACACAUAUAAUUGGAAGACACACAAUCCACACACACAUACAUUAACAAAGUUAUUGAAGUUAACACCAACAGAGCACCUUCUAUAAAUCAAAAGCCAUCUACAAUGGCCUGUUAGCUCUGUGCAGUUUCCUAUAACAUUAAUGAAUAAAAUGUCCUACAAAACGA